AUGUCUUUAAUGCCCCUUCUGGAAGCUCAGCUUCCUAUCCACGAUGUAAUGAAACUAUCGGAAACUGGCACCAUCGUUAGCCAUAUUGAGAACAUCGAGACCCCCGCCUCCACAGGUGGUCGCCGUGAGCUGCCGCCAGGCAUAUCCGAGACGGAAGAAGUGAAGGAGAAGGAAUGGUUCAUUGGAAGCAUAGACCAAGGGACGACUUCUUCCAGGUUCUUGAUUUUUGAUCGCCAAGGCAUUCCCGUUGCCAGUCAUCAGAUCGAAUUCGAGAACAAGUACCCCCAAUCUGGUUGGCAGGAGCACGACCCUCUCGAAUUGCUCUCGUCUGUGGACGAGUGUAUCGAGAAAGCUACAGAGGCCUUCCUCAAAGAUGGCCAUUCCAAAGACCAAAUCAAGGCCAUUGGGAUCACCAAUCAGAGGGAAACAACCAUUUGUUGGGACACAAAUACAGGUGAACCUCUGUAUAAUGCCGUUGUUUGGCCUGACACUCGGACAACUGCCAUUGUCAGGGAACUCAAGCAACGUCCAGGCGCAGACGAGUUGAAAGAUCUCUGUGGGCUGCCGCUGUCAACGUACCCCUCCAGCGUAAAGUUCCUCUGGCUUUACCGAAAUGUGGAAGCCAUCAAGAACGCAUACGAUGAGGGCAGGCUGUCAUUUGGCACCGUCGACAGUUGGUUAAUAUACAAGCUGAACGGCGGGCCAGAGCGCGGCGUACAUGUCACAGAUACGACGAAUGCUUCGCGUACAAUGCUCAUGAAUAUCCAUACCUUGCAAUACGACGACAAGCUCCUGGGAUUUUUUGAGCUCGACAAAAAUAAGAUCAAGCUCCCCAAAAUCAUCCCUUCUUCCGACAAAGAGGCAUUCGGUUCUCUCGCAUAUGGACCCCUCAAAGGUUUCAAGAUUGCCGGCUGCCUAGGUGAUCAAUCCGCAGCCCUUGUCGGCCAAUGCGGGUUUGCCCCUGGAGAAGCCAAAAACACAUAUGGGACUGGAUGCUUCUUACUUUAUAACGUUGGUGAAAAGCCCGUUAUCUCGAAAUAUGGCCUUCUGGCAACUGUGGCCUACGACUUUGGGGCUGGGCGAAAGCCAAUAUAUGCCCUCGAAGGCAGUAUCGCAGUUGCCGGAUCCGGUGUCAAGUUUUUGACGAAGAAUAUGAAAUUCGCUGAGCUAUCAGCUGAAGUUACGGAGCUGGCCGGGACGGUCGACGACAAUGGUGGUGUGGUUUUUGUGACUGCGUUCAGUGGUUUGUUUGCACCUUACUGGAUUGAUGAUGCAAAGGGAACACUAUUUGGAAUCACCGCACAUACGCAGCGCGGCCAUAUCGCCCGUGCCACUCUAGAGGCGACCUGUUUCCAAACCAAAGCUAUCUUAGAUGCAAUGGAGAAGGACUCGGGACAUAAACUUGAGAAUCUAGCAGUGGACGGCGGCAUGUCUAAUUCUGACUUGACUAUGCAAACUCAAGCGGAUAUUAUCCAAAUUACUGUCGACCGGCCGGUCAUGCGAGAGACCACCGCACUCGGUGCAGCCAUCGCUGCUGGGUUUGCCGUCGAAGUUUGGAAAGAAUUUGACGAAUUAAAGGACAUAAAUAAGCUAGACAGGACGAUUUUCUCACCCAAGUUAGAUAAGAAGAAGAGCAAGAAGAUGUUUACGAAAUGGGAGCAGGCCGUGCAGAUGAGCAGAGGCUGGGACCUUCCAGACACCCCGGAUACCGAGGAGUCGGAGAAGUAG